AUGGAGAUCGACCUCAACAAACGCUAUCCACUAGCAGUCGGCCUUCCGAUCCUGUCUUUCAUCUCCAUCGCCCUUUGCACUUCGCCAUUAAUCCUACACGCAAAGAAUCGCAACCUGCCAGCUGCUGCUCUCAUCUGCUGGUCCAUCGUCCUCAAUUUGUUCAACAUCGUCAAUGCUCUGAUCUGGCCAAAUGAUAACAUCAACGCCUGGUGGGAUGGCAACGGGCUAUGCGAUAUCGAAGUCAAUAUCAUGGUUGCUGGGUACGUGGCUGUACCGGGAUGCCUGGUGAGCAUGUUCCGCGGCCUAGCAAUGGUCAUGGACACAAGCCGUGCAACCUGGGUCCCAAACAAGGUCCAGCGCUGGCGCAAUCGGGCCAUGGAUCUAUUGUUCUGCGUGAUCGUUCCAGUUAUUUCCAUGAUGACCCACAUCGUGUGGCAGAAGAGCCGCUAUCUGCUCUACUCCAUCUCGGGGUGCGUUAACAACUUUGACGAGAGCUGGGUGAGUCUGGCGUUGGCAUACAUAUGGCCACCCAUUAUCUGUCUGAUCGCCGGGUACUACUGCUGCCUCGUUCUUAUCCGGCUUUACAAGUACCGAAGUGACUUUGUGCACAUUCUGCGCUCCCGUGGCAGUACCAUGAACAAGUCGGGAUUCCUGCGUCUCUUCUUCCUCGCAUUCACCCUGCUCAUCGCCAUUCUGCCGGCGCAAGCCUAUGUGGUCUAUUACGACUUGACCCUUUCCCUGCCCUGGCACCCGUACUCAUGGAAUAGGAUCCAUGGGCCUGGAUGGAAUCAAAUCCAAAAGGUGGCUACAUACGGCGUUGUAUUCUUCGACCGCUGGACCCCCAUUGCUGCGGGCUUCGUGAUCUUCAUCUUCUUCGGAUUCGGUCGUGAUGCCACUAAGAUGUAUCGUACGAUGCUUUGGUAUCUCGGCUUUGGGUACUGCUUCCCCGGUGUAUCUCGUCCGCUCGAUUCACAGGCUUCCGCCAGUAUCCCUGCUCCAAAUGCUUCCAAUUCGGCUACACUGAUUGGAAGUGCCAGCAACAGGGCAAAGUCCUUCUUCAGCAAGGCCUCUUCGUCUCGCACCGGCAGCAAUUCAACUUACGACGGUUCUUACAAUGAUAUCGAAAAGGGCAGACAAUUAUCCUCACAGACAAUCAGAGAUGCCCGCAAGAUGAAGACCCCAUGGUAUCGUUCAUUCUUCAAUCGCAGCAAGCCUUCUCGUCGCCCUGGCGAAGAUACACUUCUGGAUGAUCUGUCUGUUCCCUCUCAGACGAUCCACACCAAUGCCUGGGCAGGAGUCAGCCAAAGCCGAGCCAGUAACGAGUAUUCUGCCGCCCCAUCCUCGCCUCAGACCAAAGACUUUAUCCACGUCAAGCAGGUGAUUCGUCAGCAGAGCGAGAUUCAGCUUUGA